AUGACAUUUAAAAUUAAAGCAAAAAAGAUGGGAAUUGAAACACUUGGAAAGGUGAAUCGAUUCACAAAGGUUGCCCGUAAACAUGGACAGAAAUUAUAUUAUAUUGAUUUGGGUGGUGCUCCAAUCUUGGAGGAACCUCCAACACAUCGAUCCAAAGUUGGUAUACUCUGGAGUUUGGUUGUUUUAUUCAUCAUGGCUUUUUUCAUUAUUCUAACUAUUUCUCAAUUCUCAAAAGGUAAAUCUCAACCAAAUAUUUUAAGUAGUGUACCAUCAAUUAUUUAUACAAGUGAAGUACCAUCUUCAUAUUUACCAUUUUCAUCACCUCCAGUUGGUAUUUUAUUUAAAGAUGCUAGUGGCAAAGACAUAUUAAAUUCAUCGCUAUUAGAGGUACACUACAAAUAUAUCACUAUUUUCAAUCAAGAUGCUCUGCCAAGAAUCAGAAGAAGUAUAGCGUCGGUUGAAUGUUCGUUUGAUGGUAUAAAUACAGUGUCGGGAGGCUCUUCUAAUAAUAUUAGUAAAUUGACAACCAAGGCCAUAUGUCCAAACGAGUCGGUUGAAUUGGUCGGCACGUUCGAGCUGCCGGUCUACAGUUACCUGGAAGUUGAAGUAAACCGAUGUGAAUGUCCAACCAACACAUCGAUUCCCUGUACAUGUGCAACCGACCAAGAAUUCAAUGAUAUCUUUUGGACGGGGUCACUCAACUUGAUCAUCAUGGAAACCAUUCCAUCGUACAGUGUGAUUGCUCGAAAGGUGGAUAUCUUUCCAAAAGACCCGGAUCUCUCCAAACCACCAAGUCAAGUCAACAACACACGUUCACUGUACUGGAAGAAUGUACUGGCUUUUAUGAACCGUGUCGAUGUCUAUAUUCGUAGAAAGACUAUAUUCAACGGUCCACGUUAUAUAUUUGAUUACCACUUUUCCGAAUUCUUUGCAGUCGGCACUAUUAUGGCACGUCCCGAAGAUUUCACACCAGGUGAUCCACUCUUGUUCAAGGGAUACAUUCGAAUGGAUAUAACCGAUUCCCAAGAGAUGCGUCAGAGUCCGCAACUACUCCAGUUGAUCGGGUCGUGGGGUGCCCUCUGGAGUUUUCUUCUCGCUCACUGUCGUCUCCUUGAUCCGACUCUACAACAAAAAGGCGUACUAUCGAAAAGACCAUAUUGA